CUCUCUCUCUCUGUGAAUUUAUAUAUAGUGUGAAAGUUUGAAGUGUGAAAAAAUGGUGAUUAUGAAAAAUAACGGGCAGACGACGGUGGUGAAGAAGACGAGUCAGGGGCGGAGAAAGAUUGAGAUCAAGAAAAUCGAGAGUCUGAGCAGCCGCCAAGUCACCUUCUCGAAGCGGCGCGUGGGCCUAUUCAAGAAAGCAAGCGAGCUUUGCAUACUCAGCGGCGCCCAGGUCGCGAUCAUCGUCCACUCGCUCGGCAAGCGCGUCUUCGCCUUCGGGCACCCAACCCCGGACUCCGUCAUCGACCGAUUCCUCAGCGGCGGAGCCGUCGAGAACUGCCCGGCGGCGGCGGCGGCCGCGUGGGCCGGGGACUACAACAGGGACUACGCGGACGUUUGUAAGGAACUGGAGGCGGAGAAGAAGCGGAAGGAGUUUAUCGAGGCGUCGAAGAGGGCGGAGGAGUGCUACGGCGGCGGCGGCGGUGGGUUCUGGUGGGAUGAGGCGGUGGAGGGGAUGGGACUGGAGGAGUUGGAGCAGUACGCGGCGGCGCUGGACAUGCUGAUGAAGAACGUGGCUCUGAAGGCAGACGACAUGAUGAUCUCGGCCGCCGCUGCCGCUGCCGCCGCCGCCGGCGGAGGAAACGCGGCCAGGUCCGACGGCGGGGAUGGAUACUUAAUGAACGAGAUGGCGGCGGCGUUCGUGAACCAGAGUCAGGGUAUUGGUGGUUCCGAUAGCGGCGGUUGCGUUUUUCCGUACGGUUUCGGACAGGACCAGAUUUGA